AUGAUGAACGAGCUGAGACUUAGAUGCCCAAGUCAAUACAAAGAUAACAAAGUAUGUGUUGUGUCAGUUAUAGGAAAGAGCCAGUACAAGACGUCCACCUCUAAAGCGUCGUCAUUCAACCCUAUUUUAGAUGCUGAUGUGUUUAAGGGUGUUAGAGGAUUCUUAAAAGACAGUGUCAACCAGGGUGACAUUGAAUGUUACUAUGAUGUUGACAGCAGUGUUGUAUACCUACACCUGACCAGUAUAUUGGAUUCUUACAGACUGACUUCAGUGUGCCAGAAACUCAAGGAUGCUUCUGUUAAGGAUUUUCAGACACUAUGGCAGCAAGAGGACUGUCACAAUGCUAAAUGUCUUCUUUUCCUCUUCCAAGUUUCUCAUAUAUUAGUUAUUUCACAUCCUAGUUCAUCUUUUGAUAUCACAUAUGUGAGGCUGUUCAGGAUAUUGGAUUCUAUCAGAAUGAAGGUACAAAAAUGUGUAACAGAACAGUUGUUAGAUCUACCCAUCUCCAAAGAUUGGAAAUACAAUGGUCGUCCAUGUUCACCGAGAGUUUUGUUUGUGUUUGAGACAUCCACCAUUGAGUAUGAUCCAGAUGAAUUAGUUGAUAAUACAGGAUAUAAGAUAAGGCCACAGAGGAUCCACCCUAUCAAGAGACUACAACACUGUAUGGAGGACCAAAUCUACAAAAUUCUUAGAAAAUCUAGAGUUAUCACCAACAUCAGCAACAAUUCACUAUUUGCUGUGCCAGCCAAUCAGGAGUUUGUAUUUAUCCAUGUAUACCAGAAUGAGGCUGCUGACCCAGUUUCUUUCUUCCUGCAGCAGAUCAGAGAUAACACGAUACAGCAUGACACAGAAUCGGACUCACCGCGUAAGAGUUACCAGUCUACAAGAAGAGGUCAAGCUGGUACAGAUAGGUCACGGUCAGUGGUGCUCUCUCGGAAUGGAGGAGAAUUUAGUUUUAAGGAGUUUUUAUGGCAGCAUAUAGAUAUGGCACUAACAAAAGGUUUUGAUGACAAUGUUGGACGGCAUCCAGUAACUGCAACAUUUGAGUUAGCAAGCAGUGAGACAUGGUUUACCUUGGCCAACAAGUUAUACCUGAUGUUGUUCUCGGAGAAGCUAGAUCCUAAACUUCAACCACACUGUAAUACUCUCAAAUCCCUGCUAGAAACAGAUCUCAGAUUCUCAGAGAAUCGCUGUAACAAGGUGUUACCAGUUGCUGAGAGUUCCUACCAAGAAAAUUUACCCACACACUAUGUGACCAACUACCAUCUCAGCAAGUUAGCACAAGCAAAAAAAGUGUUCAGCCAGUUUGCACGUGGUCCUGCCUGUGACAAAUACAUGAAACAGCUAGAGGAGUCAUGUGAACGAUUCUGGAAGAAUGGGAGACAACUCUGUGAGGAAAUCAGUUUGACAGGAAACCACUGUGUUAAUCCUUUACAUAGAACAGAAGAUGACCCAGAGACAGAUAGUAAUUCACACCUACCAUUGAUGUCACAUUUUAGUCAGCUUAAGAAAGCAGCAUGUAAUUGUGGAAAGAAACAGGCAGACAAAACUGCAAACUAUGAUUUCUACCAGAAACUUGAAGAAAUGUGUUGUGGGAAGUUGGACAGAUAUGAGUUCCCAGUGUUUAAAUUCAAUCAGCUCUUGUAUUAUAUUAACAUUCAAUCAGCUCUUGUAUAUAAAUAUUCAGGUCAGUCAGGAGGCAGUGAUUUGUUUGCACAUGGAGGACAGAGUAACUGCAGUCCUCUGCCUGAACAAGAUGCAACACCUAAUCCAGAUCAGCCAGAAGCCCAGUCACCUACAACACCAGUAAGUCCAGCGCCACUGAGACAACACUCCACAACAGAAUAUCUUCCUGGAAUGAUCCAUACAGAAUCUCCUGUAGGUCUUCUACCCAAGUUUCCAUCCUGGUCGCUGAUUUGUCUUGGCAAAUCUACCCUCUACAGUCAUACACAAGGUUUAGACUUGCCAGGGUUUUUGAGUGGAAGUAACUUUUUAUUACCUUGGGAUAUAACUGUUCAGGCUGAGAGAGAUAAAUGGCCAACUGUUGGAGAAACUUCAGGCAAGAAAGGAAAACAAAAGAAAGGAACUAGAGGGAAAGAACUGACAGAGGUUAAUCUACGAGUAUAUAUAGGAGAGGAAUAUGAAUGUCCGAGAGGUCAUAGGUUCUUCUGUAGUGGACCUGAGAAAAUUAUCAAAGUCUCUAGUACCAGCACAGUGAAGGACAAUGCAAACAAGCUUGUGAACUUAGAUAUGCCCCUGUACUGCCCUUGUCACUGCAGGUCAUCAAAAGGUUAUAUGGCUCAGAUGAUGAGGAUAUAUGUAGUCACUCCAGACGGACCAUUAAGGGUUAGUGUGAAUCCACUAAUUCAGCCAUCACCCCACCCGUGUCCUAUAUUCCAUCCAGGGGUAGGAGAAGAGAUUGAUCUGAGCCCGGGCUCACUGUGGAUCUUACGACUGCCAUCAGUAUAUAUGGGAGACCAGGGACCAUACACCAUACCUGCAGAUGCCACACAGCUUCCAGCAUGUAGACUGUUAAAGGGAACAUUCAACUUCAAAGAAAUUUCUGGAGAUUAAAGUCAAAAGUUACUCAAACAGUUGUUAAACAUGCUGGUCAGUACCUGCUUCUGCAGAUAGGAGAUAUUAAAGUGUGGUCAUUGUCAGCUGCUCAGAGGGGAUGUCUAGUGUUUGUACACUAUCUGAGUCACAACCAUGUACCUUCUCGUUCGACAGCAUUACUGGAUUCUCCUAAAAUGCCAGCUUGAAAGUGAUUCAUGACAAACUUCUAACUUGCUUGAAAAAAGAAAUAGUAUAGAAUAAAAUCAGUCAUUCCAUAUAUACUUACUUCACUUGACAGCAAUAAAACACAGUUUAGUCAUUUGGAAAAAAAUCUGUACACAUGGUUGGAUUGUCAGUGUUGUUGUCAGUGAUGACUAAUACAAAGAAAGCGUGAUACUGCUUUGUAUCUGCUCUUAAAAGAAAAGUUUCAAAGAUUUAACAGUCAGUUGUUCUGUUGCUGUCUAUCUUUGAUUCUGUGAAGUUGUUGAAGAAAUGUCUUGUUUUUAGUGUUGAAAUAAUAAAUGCUUUAUAACUGUACAA